ACAUGUGGCCACGUACUCCUAGAAACUUCGGCACUUGCUUGGGGACUGCAGGCAGCAGGCGAGCAGGGGGGUUGGAGGAUCUCCGGAGUGCCUAGACGUCCGUGCCCGUGUCCUUUUCUGGAGCUACGCCCUUCCCCAGACAGGGCCCAGCUUUCUCGGUUUUAGUGCCGGCUGCGACAUGCAGAGACUCACCUCCACGUGUUAGUUUGGAGGCAGCGUGCGGGAGAUCGGUGUUCGGCUCAGUGUCCCACACACGGAAAUAGCUGUGUGGGUUCUUCACAGGUCACUGCCCAUCCCCAGCUAUCUUGCAUGGGUGUUUUUUUGGAAGAUAAUUGCUCUGCUGCCUGGAUCAUAAGACUUGGCCACAUGGCCUGGGCUUAAACAAGCAAACAGAACAGCCUCAAGGACCUGGAUCCCAGAACGGCUUUGACACGGGAUGUUUAACAAUCCCUUCGUGAUUCCAAAGGCAUUAAAAAUGCCAGUGCCCCAGUGACUGGUGGCAAAAUCACCCACAGACUGUCAAUUUCCGAGUUGCGCCCAGCUCUGGGGAAUACCUACACACCCAAACAUCAGGGGAACUGGAUCAUCCUUCCCAGGUACCACGAGACUCAGCUCCUGGAACCCACAUCUGACCCUCCAGCUGCUCCUGGCCCACCGGCUCCCCGCGCAAUGGAGCUCGGGGGAUUGGUCCCUCUUGUCCUGGCUGCCGGCGCUUUGUGCCUGGCUUUCCUCUGGGAGCGGAAAUGGCAGCAGCAAGGCAGCAAAUUUCCCCCUGGACCAACUCCUCUGCCGCUUCUGGGCAACGCGCUGCAGCUGAGCGGGGGGGACCUGUUCACAUCACUGAUGGCGCUGCGGGAUAAGUAUGGCCCGGUGUUCACGGUGCUCCUGGGCCUGCGGCGGGUGGUGGUGCUGUGCGGGCACGAGGCGGUGAAGGAAGCCCUGGUGGAUCACGCGGAGGAGUUCAGUGGCAGAGGUGGCAUGCCCACGCUGGACAGGAUCUUCCAUGGUUAUGGGGUCAUCUUAGCAAACGGCGAGCGAUGGAGACAGCUCCGCCAGUUCUCGGUCACCACCCUGAGGAAUCUGGGGAUGGGGAAAAGGUCCCUGGAAGAGAGGAUUGCGGAGGAAGCUCGGUGUCUGGUGGAAGAGAUCAGGAAAACCAACGGUUCUCCCUUCGACCCCAGCCUCGCCGUCAGCCACACCGUGGCCAAUGUGAUCUCCUCCAUUGCCUUCGGGGACCGCUUCGACUACCAGGACCAGAUGUUCCUGAGCUUACUCGACGUCAUCCAGAGCCUCUUCCUGGAGCUGACCAGCCCCUGGACGCAGCUCUACGAGAUGUUUCCAGGCAUCAUGUGCUUCUUGCCCGGCCCCCACAACCGGAUUCUAAAGCACGUUGAGGUGCUGCACAACUUCGUCACCGAGCGGGUGCAGAGGAACCAGAAGACCUUGGAUCCUGGCUGCCCUCGGGAUUACAUUGACGCCUUCCUCAUCAAAAUGGAAGAGGAAAAGCAAAAUCCGCUGAGUGAAUUCCACACUAAGAACCUGGUGCUGAGCAUAGUCCACUUGUUUUUCGGUGGAACAGAGAUGGUGAGCUCCACCUUGAGAUACGGGUUCCUGCUCCUGAUGAAAUACCCAGAGGUACAAGAAAGGGUGCAUCAGGAAAUCGAUGGUGUUGUCGGUCGAAACCGCAGCCCCACCGCUGAGGACCGAAGCCGCAUGCCCUACACCCAAGCUGUGCUACACGAGAUCCAGCGAUUCAGCAACAUCAUCCCUCUGGGGAUUCCGCAUGCAGUGAUCCGAGACACCCAGUUCCGGGGCUACACGCUGCCCAAGGGGACAGAUGUUUUCUGCGUGCUGGGCUCUGCCCUCCGGGACCCCAGACACUUCAGCGACCCAGAACGCUUCGACCCUGGGAAUUUCUUGGAUGAGAACGGCGGCUUUAAGAAGAACCAUGCUUUUGUGGCUUUUUCCUCAGGGAAGCGAGUGUGUCUGGGCGAGGGUCUGGCCCGCAUGGAGCUCUUCCUGGUCUUUACCUCCGUCUUGCAGCACUUCACUUUGCAGUCACCCGUCGACCCCCAGGAAAUUGACCUUGCCCCAAAAGCGAGUGGAUUUUGGAACAUACCUCCCGAGUACAGGGUCUGUGCCCUCCCCCGCUGAGAAGUCAUCAGCAGACAUGCCAGGAGCGCAGUCACUGACUGUGAAACAAACAGGGUAAACGUAUGAUGGCCCCAAGGUAGCAAGGCUGGACCUGUGUAAAGGAGGAAGUUUUUCUAUGCUAUGAUAUCAUUUGUAGGUCUUGACACUGCACAUUCCUGGACAAGUUACCGCUGGUGGUCACUCACAUUUUUUCUUUUUAUCUUUUGCCAAGAUAUCUCCGAAGUCAUGCACAGUUCUGGAAUGGAGAGAGCCCUGAGAUGGGGAAUGCUCAUGGUUUUGUGGUUGACGCACAGGAUGCUGGGUUCUAUUCCUGGCUUAAAUGGUGGGGCUUGGGAGUGUGGCUUAUUAGAGGAGAGGAUGGGGAAGUUGUGCUCAUGAGUGUCUGUAGGAUUGGGAUCCAAGUAUAUGGUAGAGUCAGGAAAAGAACCCGAGUCCUGUUUCCUAGUCCCCUGCUCUAACCACUAGACCCCCUCCCCCCCCACACACAC